AUGUUUUCCAUCUAUAAAACAGUUCAUCCUCCUACGGCGAUUGAACAUGCUGUUUGGGCUCAUUUUCUAUCUCCAUUGGACAAUAGUUUAAUAUUGAGUAGUGGAAAUCAUUUAUAUGUUUAUCGUGUUACAAGUCAUCCAUCAAAAUUUGAAUGUUUACAUACAUUUGUUCUCUGGGGAAAUAUUUGUUCGAUAACACCGUGCCGCCUUAAUCCAUCGUCAAUAUUAUCGAAAGAUGCUUUAUUUUUAUCAUUUAUGGACGCAAAAUUAUCCUUAAUUGAAUUUGAUUCUGCAAUACAAGAUUUAAAAACUUUGUCAAUGCAUUAUUUUGAAGAUGAAUUAGCUAAAGAAGGCCAAUGGUUUAAUUUUUCACCACCAAUUGUACGCGUCGAUCCUGAUAUGCGUUGUGCUUGCAUGCUUAUUUACAAUUCCAAACUUGUUAUUAUUCCAUUUUUUAGUCAAUUAGAUAGAGAAAUUAUUACAAAUGAUACAAUACCAAACACAACUAGUAUAACACCUGGUGGUUCAAGAAGUACAUCACUAUCGUCUUAUAUUGUGCAUUUAAAAAAGCUUGAUCCGUCAUUAACGGGUCGAAUAAUUGAUUUACAAUUUCUACAUAGUUAUUAUGAACCGACUCUAUUUAUAUUAUGUGAGUCAAGUCGAACAUGGGUUGGUCGUGUCGCCGUAAAAAAAGAUACAUGUUGUAGUGUUGCACUUUCAAUAAAUGUUGCACAAAAAUCUAAUCCAGUUAUUUGGCCUGUUGAUAAAUUACCAUUUGAUUGUCUCAGCUGUUUAUCUGUUCCAAAGCCAAUCGGUGGUAUACUUGUUUUAGCUACAAAUUCAAUUAUUUAUCUCAAUCAAAGUAUUCCAGCGUAUGGUGUUGCAUUAAAUACUCUAACACGUGAUUCCACUAAAUAUCCAUUAAGACCAUUGUAUGAUCUUAAGAUUGCACUGGAUCUAGCCGAAGCUAUAUUUAUAUCGAACGAUCGAGUUCUUAUAUCAAUUAAAAGUGGUGAUGUUUAUUUACUAACAUUACAUACAGAUUCAAUGCGUACAAUGAAAGAAUUUACAUUCGAUCGAAUUGGAUCGACUGUUUUAUGUAGUUGUUUAUGUAAAUGUGAUGAUAAUUUAAUAUUUUUUGGUUCACGCCUUGGCAAUUCGUUACUCGUUGGUUUAAAUGAAAAAGUCAUCAUAGAUCCUACAUCAAUCGAUACAAUCGAAACAAUGAAUGGCGAUGAAAUUGAAUCGAACAAAAAUGAUUCUAAUGAUCAGUCUGAUCUCGCACAAGAAUCUACAGAUAAAGCAGAUGUGUCCGAUAUCGAUACUGAUAUAAUCGUUCCAAACAAUAAAGAAGAUAUUAUAUUUUUCACAAGCGAAAGCGACAUCAAUGAAUCGAAAAAACAAACUCAUACAUAUUCACUUGAACUGUUUGAUAAUCUUAUCAAUAUCGGCCCAUGUGGUUAUGCUAUUGUUGGCGAAGGCGAUAGCGAUGAAAUACGCUUAUUACAACGUCAUUUACCGCCACAUUUUCAAACUACACCAUUAGAUUUAGUAACCACAUCUGGCACAGGUAAAUGUGGAACUGUAUCCAUUUUACAGCAAACCAUAAAACCUGAAUUAAUCACAACACAAGCUUUGCCGGGUUCAAUUGAUAUGUGGACUGUUUAUUCAUCGACAAAUGAACAAGGUGAAAAACGUGAACAUUCAUAUAUUUUAAUAAGUCAAGAGACAUCGACAUUAAUAUUUCAAACUGGCAUUGAUAUAACUGAAUUAGAACAAGGAGGCUUUUUAACAAAUGAACAAACAAUUUUCUGCGGAAAUAUUGGCGAACAAUUAAUUGUACAAAUAACACGAUUACAUGUUAUACUGUUACGUGAUAGCACACAAUUACAAAUAAUAUCCUUUGAAAAUACUCCAAUACGUUUUGCAACAAGUCUCGAUCGUUAUCUAGCUAUAUUAACAACUCAUGGCGCUAUUCAUGUUUAUUUACUCGUUCAAAAUAACAAUGAACCAGUCAAACUUAUUGAAUAUUAUAAAUUAAGUGAUAAAAAAUAUACCUGCAUUAAUCUAUAUGUUGAUCAAAGUGGAUUGUUUACAACAGCAAUCAAUACGAAUAUUUAUUCACAUUCAACUAUAGUAAAUUCGCCAAAACAAGAAACAAUUCAAGCGUCUACUGCAUCUUUACCAUCGAAUCCACUUGAUGCCGCAGAAUUUCCCGGAGGUGAUGAUGAAGACGAAUGGUUGUACGGUGGAAAAACAAUUGAAAAUUCACUAGCACCUCCAGCUGGUCCUUCCGUCGAAUCAAUGGAUACUUCGAAUAUUUCGUCAGAAGCAAAGCCUCUUCCAACACUUAAUAAUAACAAUAUUAAUAGCAAUUCAACAGGUCCCAUUCCAACAACACGUUGGUUGGUAGCGAUUAGUAAAGAUGGAACAUUAGCAUUACAUGAACUUAUGACUGAUGAAACAAUGCCAGCUACGAUACGAUUUGAAAUAGCAAAAUUUAAUAGUGGACUGAAAACACUGGUCGAUACACACGAUACGGCUCCAUUGAUGACGCAUUAUCUAGGCAAAAUUGAAACUUCAUGUUCAGCUUAUGUUUAUGAAUUACUUAUUAUUGGAUUAGGACCAAAGAAAGAUCGAGUGUAUAUGAUUGCUCGUAUCGACGAAGAUCUUAUUUUAUACGAAGCGUUUCCUUAUCAAAAUUUGCUCGAUGAACGUCUAAAACUACGUUUUCAUCGUGUAACAUGUAAUGCAUUAGUGCGAACGAAAAAGUCCAGUGCUAAGAAAAAUGCAGCUAAAAGACAGAAAGAUGCUGUGCAAUUGCAACAGCAACAAAUUCAAGCAAAACAAAAUGCAAAUUCUCAAGAGCCACUUCCAGUUCAAACUGAUCUCAUCGAUGAUGAAAUGAACGAAUAUCAACGAAUGCUAUUGAGACCUUUCAAUGAUGUUGCUGAUCAUUCAGGUAUAUUUAUCUGUGGUACUCAUCCGUAUUGGUUAAUAUGGUCUAAAGGUAAUUUACGAGCGUUUCCAAUGAAUAUCGAUGGACCCAUAAAAACAUUUGCUGAAUUUAAUAAUAAUAAUUGUCGUAAUGGUUAUUUAUAUUUCAAUCAAAAAGAUGAUUUACGGAUAUCUGUUAUGCCAUCAAAACGAAUACUAGAUACACCUUGGCCUCUCCAUAAAAUUCCGUUUAAACAAACAGUACACUUCCUAUGUUACCAUGUGGAAAGCAAAUUAUAUGCUGCAACCAUAAGUACUAAUGAGCCCACCAAUACAUUAGUACAACCAUCCGGUGAAGAUCGUGAAUCAAUAACAUAUCAAAAAGAAUCAAAUUUUCUUUUACCAUUACGUGAACAGUUUUUUGUACAACUUUAUUCAGCAAUUAAAUGGGAACCGAUACCUAAUGCUAAAAUAACAAUGAACGAAUGGGAACAUGUAACUUGUAUGAAAACUAUUGCAUUGAGAUUUCAAGGAAAUUUAAUGAAAACUUAUAUUGCUAUUGGUACAGCAAAUUGUUUUAAUGAAGAUGUUGUUAGUAGAGGACGCGUUAUUCUAUUUGAUAUUAUUGAAGUUGUUCCAGAAGUUAAUCAACCACUUACUAAACAUAAACUAAAAACUGUUCAUGAUCGUGAAGAAAAGGGUCCUGUAACAGCAGUGGAUUCAAUUCUUGGUUAUCUUGUUGCAGCCGUUGGUCAAAAAGUUUAUAUAUGGCAGUAUCAAAAUAAUAGCUUAAAAGGCAUUGCUUUUGUUGAUAUUCAAAUUUAUUGUCAUCGAAUGGUAACAAUGAAAAAUUAUAUUCUUAUUGGUGAUGUACAUAAAAGUAUUGCUUUACUACGUUAUCAAGAGAACAUGCGUGUUUUAUCGUACGUUAGCCGAGAUUCACGUCAAUUGGAUAUAUUUGCUACAGACUUUUUUAUUGAUCAAUCGCAUGUGCAAUUUGUUGCCACAGAUUCAGAUCGUAAUAUGUAUAUUUAUGCUCAUGCUCCAACACAAAAAGAAACUCAAGGUGGACAAUGGCUUCUCAGAAAAUCAGAUUUUCAUAUUGGAUAUCCUAUUACAUCAACAAUAAGAAUGUUAGUCAAUGUGAAUAAUUUAACAACAAAACAAAAUUUUGAAAACAAACAAGCUUUAUUAAUGCCAACACUUGAUGGUGCUAUUGGUUGUCUCUUACCGUUGAAUGAAAAAAUCUUUCGACGACUUGCUAUGUUACAAAACUCAUUGACAACAAUGUUUCCACAAUAUUGUGGUUUAAAUCCAAAAAGUUUUCGAAUAUGUAAAACACGACGAAAACAGCUUGAUAAUCCUCAAAAGAAUACUCUUGAUGGUGAUUUACUUUGGCGGUAUUUCGAUCUUAGCUUCAUUGAACGUAAUGAACUACUCAGUCGACUUGGAAUGACACCCGAUCAAUUCCACGAAGAUCUGACUGACAUUGCACGAGCUGUGACUUUAUUCUAA